AUGAAGCUGGUGAACGGAGGAGGAGGAGGAGGUGGUGGAGGAGGAGGAGGGGGAGAGAAGACUGCCUUUUCCUUUAAGAAGUGCUCUGCCUUCCAGUUUGUCAAGAGGAAGGUGCGAAGAUGGAUGAGGAAUCCCAAGGUGAGCGUGGAAAAAGCUCAGGGGAAAAGCCUCCUCUACUCCUGUCCCAGGUGUCCACUGGCCGAGGACCUGUGUUACGCCCACUUCCCCUCGCCUUACGGCUGCUGCCACUACACCGGUCUGCAGGGCUGCCAGUACUACCACCAGGAGCCGUCCUCGCCGUGCCCAGCCAGCGGGCAAAGUAGCGGCCAUGACAAGAGCAAGGGCUGCAAGGUCAGGAAGUGGAGGAUGCUGGCUCGCCAUCAUGGUGAUGGCACAGGCAAGCAGAAGGAAUCAGAGUCAGAUGUUCACCUAGGAUGUUGUCAGUCUUGGGGGAUCCAUGCCUCACCCCACCUGGCCAGCCCUGUCAUGCUGGAGUGCUCCAUCUGCAGUGGGCCCUACAUCAGCUAUACUAUGGAUGAUACCUGGCAGCCACGCCAGCGCACACAGGCGAUGGACCUGUACUACCACAAUGAGUCAGACCCGGACAGCUACUGUUGCCCUGGCGACAACACUUUCAUGAAACAGAGGAGAAUGGGUCUGAACGACUUCAUUCAGAGGCUUGCCACAAACUCCUACGCCUGCAAGCAUCCUGAGGUCCAGUCUAUUCUGAACCUGAGUCCUCCCCAGGAUGCUGAGCUCAUGAACUCUAAUCCCUCUCCUCCUCCCAGCCCAUCCCAACAGAUCAACCUCGGUCCAUCCUCUAACCCUUCAGCCAAACCCAGUGACUUCCACUUCCUUAAAGUGAUCGGCAAGGGCAGCUUUGGCAAGGUCCUGCUCGCACGCCACCGUGCAGAUGACCAGUUUUACGCUGUCAAAGUCUUACAGAAAAAGGCCAUCCUCAAGAAGAAGGAGGAGAAACACAUCAUGUCAGAGAGGAAUGUGCUACUAAAGAAUGUCAAGCACCCGUUCUUGGUGGGCCUACACUACUCUUUUCAAACAGCGGACAAACUAUAUUUCAUCUUGGACUACAUUAAUGGAGGAGAGUUGUUCUACCAUCUACAAAGGGAGCGCUGCUUCCUUGAGCCCAGAGCCAGGUUCUAUGCAGCAGAGAUUGCCAGCGCACUGGGCUACCUCCACUCCCUCAACAUUGUCUACAGAGACCUGAAGCCAGAGAACAUUCUGCUGGACUCCCAGGGACAUAUUAUUCUCACAGAUUUCGGCCUGUGCAAGGAGAACAUUGAACUCAAUGGGACCACGUCAACCUUCUGCGGUACACCAGAGUAUUUAGCUCCUGAGGUGCUACACAAGCAGCCAUAUGACAGGACAGUAGACUGGUGGUGUUUAGGAGCUGUUCUCUAUGAGAUGCUCUAUGGCCUGCCUCCAUUCUACAGCCGUAACACAGCUGAGAUGUACGACAACAUCCUGAACAAACCGCUACAGCUGAAACCCAACAUUUCUAACGCAGCCAGACACCUGCUGGAAGGCCUGCUGCAGAAAGACCGAACCAAGAGGCUGGGCUGCACAGAGGACUUUAUUGAAAUUAAGAACCACAUAUUCUUCUCCCCCAUCAACUGGGAUGACCUCAACGCCAAGAAGAUCACCCCUCCUUUCAACCCCAACGUGACGGGACCCAAUGACCUGCGGCACUUUGAUCCAGAGUUCACAGAUGAACCGGUGCCCAGCUCCAUCGGCUGUUCCCCUGACAGCGCGCUCGUCACAGCCAGCAUCAAAGAGGCUGCUGAGGCCUUCGUGGGCUUCUCCUACGCCCCUUCUAUGGACUCCUACCUAUAGGAUUUAAAUAAAGGCACUCAAAGUGAACUGAUAUUUAGACUUACAGGACAUGAACUUGUGCCAUGUCCAAUGCACUUGCAUCUUGACCCCAACCCGCAUUUCCUGUUAGGAUGGUGGAUAUUUCCGAACCAACCCCUGCAACAACUCUGCAUCUACAAAGACCCUGCGUUCAUACAUGAUACAUGUGUACAUGCCAUAAUCUCUCCAACUCUUGAAUGCAUUUAAGAAGCUACAAGAGGAUGUCUGCCAUAACUAAAUGACUCAUUGGGGAUGAAAUGCAAUCCUCCAUCUUACCCUGAUUUACCAACGCACAAAUUCUUUAACUUCCCACAACAGACACAAAAGGUCCUUUGCACAUAGCUCAGGCAGCUUAAAAUCCCCCUCAACCCUGAAACCACAACCGACAAGCACACACACCAACCUCCAUCUUUUAUCAAAAGAGGAAGGCUGGACCAUACCAGCCCUGAAAAGGAUUUGCUUCUGCAUCCAUGUAGCGAAACACUUCCCUCUGUCCACCCAUGGGGACCUACCUUCACUUGAGUAGCUUGGAAACGACAUUCAUUUUGGUGCUUUAGUUUCUUCUUAUUUACUUUCUGUGUGUUUGAAAAAGGGAGUCAUUUGAAGCUGAAUGUUACAGAGGGGGACGUUUUAUUUCUCUCAAAGGUGCCUUUAUUUUUUUUCUCUCCAUCAGAUUUCACAUCUUUUGGGUUUGUCUGUGUCCAGUUCAGUGUCAUUCAGUCAUGUUUCAUCUACUCUACAUCUGACUGCAGAUGGAAGGAGUUAGGUUUAUUUUUUAAGACACCAGAGAGGAGCGAUGUAGCACUGACUAAAUACACCAGUUCUGUCUUUAACAUGUAAGAUGUGGGAACUCAUAUGAUGUGUCUUAUCUUCAUUUGCACAUAAAAAAAUAAUGCUGAUAGAGAGAGAAUGAGAGCACUGCUGCUAUAUCAUAGGUGAGAAAGAGAUUGAUUUGUUCUGAAGUGUUUAUGUGGUUCUGCUUGUCAGCUGCGUCCCCCUCAUAUAGUCUUCCAUUUGCCUCACAAUAAUGCAACGGCGGUCUGCCGCUGUUCCGACGACAUCGAAACUGAACAUUCCAUUUUAAUAUUGCUGUAAUGCAGUUUGACGGUAUUUAAGUUUGUUUGUAUAUUUGGAGUCAUGUGUACUACUUUUAAUGUAUAUUGAACAAAAAAUGACUAAAGGUAUGCUUAAAUAUGUAUAUGUAACAAUUCAUGUUAAAUGUACUGUAAAUUGUAAAAUUGUUUAAGAUUUAUGUGACCAUGUUUGGUUUGCAAUAAAAGUUUAACUUUAUUAUACCU